AUUUACCGGAGAUAACCGGCAAUCUUCGGUAAACAAUAAAUCGUCGUUUAAUCGCCGGCAUAUCGAGCAACGAUCGUAAGAAAAUAAACCAAUCAGAUUUCAAAUAAUAAAUUCAAUCGAUCUGAGAUGAAGUGUAAAGACAACUGUCUCCUUCGGUAAAAAAUACACACGAAUUCCGCAAACCAAACUCAUUAAUUAUUUUGUUAAAAAAUUUCAUUCCAAAGAUUUUUCAAAAAUCACGCGAAAAUCCCUCUGAAAAAUAUCGAAACUUUUUCUCAAAUUUUUCGAUUGAUUUUUGUAAUCGAUGAACGAUCUGACUCACACUUUUUACCGAUCCUCUUCGUAUUGUUUUCUCCCUGGUCGAUGUAAAAAUCAUCUGCUACUUUUAUUUCCCUUUUUGAGGGCCCGCGGGCGGGCAGUACAAACCCCCAGGGUUGUUAAUUCCCUUUCAUGGAUGUGGGGUUGGUGCUAAUUCAGCGGCUCGUCAGACAUUCAUUUCCGGGCUUCUCGGUUUUAUGGCAUCAUGUCCAGGCGCCUAGUACGUCGGGUCAAUUACUCUCGUGCCCAUCGAUAACGGACGGAAAAAAAAAAUGAAAUAAAACCCGUCAGGUAUUCCCCAAAAAUUCCCCACUUAAAUGUGUUCGCAUCUCCCUGUCUGCCCUGAGGAUUUAUAUUGAUGAGAUGUAAAAAAAAAACAAGAGGAUUAUCCACUGUGUUUACAGCUUUGAAAACCGCAAAAUUGAUAUUUGAAAAUCGCCAUUACGUAUUUUUGGAAUAAUCCCUGUCAUAAAUAACAUGUAGAACUGUCAAGUGUUGCCGAACUCGUGCGGAACUCGGGGUAAAUGGAAGGAUAAACCCUCUCGUAUCUUCAGCUCGCAAAUAAAAUUUCCAGACGUUGAAAAAAAAAAAAAGAAAAAAUCGUCACAUUUCCUCUAUGAGCAUGCGACCCGUCGCAAGUUUAAUUCCGGGGCACUCUGGGAAGAAUAAUGUACAAUUAAGCCUUAAUGUCGAGUACAUCGCACUCACCUUGCUCCUUAUCUCCAUUUUUCCUCAUUCCUCGUCACAAUCACGUGCCCCGAGCACCGAGAUCCCUCCGUCGGCGGAGAUCAAUGCAAUCACAUGUUUAAAUCUCGAAAAAAAAACAUCCUCCUGCGUGUCCGCCCCCCGUGAAAGUCGAAGCAACGUCCUCUUGUCUUUAUCUCUUAACCUCACCAGUCCUCGACUCCAUCACGAAAGGACUUCUCCGUUGCCUGCGAAACCGCCUCGACAAAUCAACCUGCGUUUUAUAAUUUUUCUCCCUCAAGACUCCGCAAUAGUUUCACUCGCGUAAUCACAAUUUUUCGAAGACAUCUCAAUUUUUUUGAAUUAUCACGAUGGUUCACACGCGGUGUCAGUUGACAUGACGUUGAAGACGUCGGGUAAAACGGUGGCGAAAUUACGCAAGCGGACCGUAGGGUUUUUGGCGCGCAAGGCGUGUUGAGGGAUUCCCCCUGAUUGCGCGCGCACCGCCCGUAGACCGUGAGCAUUAACCUAAUAAUGCGCGAGUGAGUGAGACAGCGAAGUCUUGGACAACAGAUGUACCUUUUGAGGGUGCAUUAAGGGCGUGCGGAGUGAGCGUAUGUGUUCGACGCUCUCUCCCUGGUUCCGCCUCGCAGUCACCCUGAUUCGUAGAAAGUCCCCCGUGCCGCGAUUAUUGCGCUGUCAAUUGGUUGCGAGUUGCGCACGGGGCGGUUUCACCGCGUCGCAACAGACGCUCGAUUGUCGAUGUGGUGGGGAUUGUUUGAACAAGACUCGGUGGCUCAAGAGUACCGGAGUACACUCGCUAACCGGCCUCCAUCCACACUAGACAGAGUGAGUGAGUGAGAAAAGGGGCGCACGCCUCACAAACAGCCGCAAAUAACAACUGCGGUACCCUUACAUGUGUUAUAUAGUUGUUGUUGGAACAACAAUUACCCCUAUCGGGUGCUGCGUCAUUGAGUACUGGUUGCGCCUGUGACACCGAGACAUUGUUUUCCGAGUUUACCAGUGAUACUGUAUCCGUGAAGAGGACAUUUUGUGUGUUGUUUGUGAAUUAUUGGUUUUUUUGUUCAUUCGGUCAAGUUCAGUCCGCCAAUUUUCCAGACGAACAGAGUGAUCUGGUGGAGGAUUGGCGUAGACUGCCAGGACCAGACUGACUUGGACCUUGGGAGUGCGACAUGAAUGUUGACCAGUGGAAGUGAUGUUGUAUCAAAGUGGAUUUGUCUGUUGAACAGAUGCUGUCAUUUUGACGGAGUGAAAUCAUUUUGCGAAGCUAGUGAUACAAGCAAAUUGUUAUAAAUGACAAUGCUCCAGUCGCAGAAGCUGUACAGCGAGGCUGGCAGCCUCGGUGGGGCUAUGACAUCAGCAGCAAUGUCGAGUAUGGGAAGUAUGGCACCGACAUACAGUUCGAUAAAUUCAAUGGGAUGUGUAUCAAUGGGCAUGUCAAUGGGUGUUGGUGUUGGGCCCAGUUGUAGUCCCCAGAGUUCAAGCCUUCAGGCUGGCUUUAAUAUGGGAACUAUGAGUUCAAUGGGAAUGGGGGGAAUGGGGGGUGGUGGUAUGGGUGGGUAUGGUGGUUCAGCAAUGGGUGGUGGAAGCGCCUGUAUGAGUGCCGUCGGAUAUCCUUCGAUAACGGCGGGUGGUGCUGGUGGAGUUAGGAGUGAUCCUUUAUCACUCACCGAGCCAGAUUCCCCAAAUUCAGCACUGCAGAGGGCCAGGAAUGAUAAAUCCUACAGGAGAAAUUACACCCAUGCGAAGCCACCAUAUUCUUAUAUAAGUCUGAUCACAAUGGCGAUACAGAAUGCACCGACGAAGAUGCUGACGCUGUCCGAGAUAUAUCAAUUCAUCAUGGACCUUUUUCCCUUCUACAGAACGAAUCAGCAGCGCUGGCAGAAUUCUAUAAGACAUUCGUUGAGCUUCAACGACUGCUUUGUCAAGGUACCGAGAACACCAGACAAGCCGGGCAAAGGAUCCUUCUGGACCCUUCAUCCAGAGAGUGGAAAUAUGUUUGAGAAUGGGUGCUAUCUCCGCCGGCAGAAGAGAUUCAAGGAUGAGAAGAAGGAGCAUCAGAGGCAAUCAACUAAGACCCAGAAUCCACACUCGGGUCAUCAUGGUCCUGGCCACACAAGUCCCAACUCUCACGAUCUUGGCCACGGGAAGAAGACACCGUCGCUUCAUCACAGUGUUCAACAGCCCGACGAUAAAGAUCUUCAUUCCCUCGUGUCGUCUCAUCAUCAUCAUGCGACGGGACUUCAUCAGCAUCACGCGUUGAAGAGCGAUACAACGGAUAUUGGUGGAUUGCUUGGACCUGAUCUGGGAGCUGCGCACGAUGAACUUGCUGCUAUGGUUGGUCGGAGUCUUCAUCCACAUCUGUUGACAGAUCCUGCGGCCCUUCAUCAUGGCAUGGCCGGGAGUCUGAAGCAGGAGCCACCGUACACCGCUGCCAGCCAUCCCUUCAGCAUCACGAGGCUAUUACCUGGUGAGACAGCAGCAACAUCACCAGGUGCACAAGACAGAAAACAUCCCGAUCUCAAAAUGUAUGAGCUUCAUCAGAGUUACGCGAACUACGGCUCACCCCAUCAUCCUCAUCCACAUUCGGCUGGUCCAAAUCAUCAUCAUCAUAAUGGAAUGCAUUCGGGUGGAAAUCCGGGAACAAUGCACAACAUGACCAAUCACCAUCAGGAUUAUUAUCAAAGUCCACUUCAUCAUUAUUCAACGAGUGUCACGAGCUCCAGCAGUGUACCACCACCUCCACCAGCGUCGGCUGCUGGCUUGUGACAUCACGCCACUCAUCCGUAUGCUCUUGCCUGAGUUACUGCAGCUGCGGUACAUCAAGCCGCAAGCAUCAAUGACGAUGACAGAACGAGGUCUAACGCACUUGUUCGUAAUGAUCAUCAAACUGUCAGCUGGCAUGUUAUCGCUGAUGUCGAGGAUCCGGAUGAGGAGGAUGAUGAUGAACACGAGCAUGGAUCUUACCAACGGGUUUAGGGGAACGACGGAAUGAUUGGUGAUCAGUGGAAUGAAUUUUUGAGAUGUAAAGGGGCUGGAGUUUCUUGAGUUUAAGGCUGCAAGGUGACCUUGAAAAGGCAAGGAUAUUUCACAGAAGGUUGAAUGCUUAUUAGCUGAUUUGUCUCGGUAGUUUUCAAGAUAUUGUCAAGUCCCAUUUGGUCAGAUGAAAGGGGCCUCGUCUUUAUCUUGGAAAUUUCUGAGAUCAAGAGACCACUUCUUUCGCGUGGAAUUCCUGACUUUUCUGUUGGAUGUUUGUUAUCUUUGAGUAGUUAUUUGAGACAGUCAUUUUACGAUGUCACUAUCAUUCCAAAUUAAUAUCGAUGAUCAAGAUCAUCGCCCUGCUCUCAACGAGUUUAAACUAUUGGCGAAGUGAUUGGUGAUCAGUGGAGUUAAUUGUUAUGAUGGAGAAGAUGAAAAGACAAUGAUCAAUCGCAGAAAAUAACAUACAAUUGAUUUAGUCUGCCUCAGCAGUCUUCCACCUACCGUAAAGAUCAAUUUUUUAAUAAAAUUGAUCUAAUUGCCAUCAGUUGUUUAUUUUGGCGUGAAAUUAUUGUCUAUUCAAUGGAAAGAGUUGUCAUCUUCGAUCUACUUUUUAUUCCUGUGUGAUAGCGUAAUGAAUAUCAAACAAUUCGCAAAGUCACGAUUGUUCUCAAUUAACAAAGUGCAUUCGUCAAUGUCUCGAUCUGUCAAGUGUCACUCGGGAGUACGAUAUUUCGGUGGACAUAAUUAACCAUCAAUUCCCUGUGAUUAUAUUGAAUUUAUCCACAACGAUAUUUAUUUGAAUAUUCAAGAGAAUCUUCUAGGCACGAGUUUCAUAAAUUUUCGGCCAACACUCGUCAUCCUGAUAUCUCAUAUCGGAUUCAGAGAUUGUUGGAGAUAGCAGUCAUGAGCAAUUCACCUUAUCAGUGCUCUUUUUUCUUUGACGCACUAACGUCUGAAUGAAUUCAGAAUUAUUCCUUUGUACUUGGGAAUUUUGUUUGAAUCACGCAGCUGAAAUUAGCGGAAUAUUUGCAGUAAAAAAUUCGGGUUCAGGAUUUCUUGGUAAUUUGAGGGUCCAAAUCAAAUGGUUUGCUAAUUUUCGUUUCAUUUUUGAAUCAUUGGCACACGGAGAGAAUUUUUUUUCGAAAAAUUCUGAUACGAGGACCGGAAAAAAUCCCAGUCUAGUAAUGCGAAGGUAUAUUUGACAUAUUCCCAGUUCCAGCACUGGAAUUUUUUCCUGAUAACGGGAACUUUUCUCGGAAAUUAUUAUUCGUAAAUUCGCAACCUCGAAAAAUCUUGGUUUUCCGUCCGGAAUUUUUACUCUCGACAGCGAGAGCGAAUUAUCAUUUUAAUAUGAGCAAUAAAUCGGUGCUCGAAGACUUGCGGUCGUAAAUAGAUGUUUUAAACUAAAAAAUUAAAAGCGAAAAUUGUGAUAAUUAUUCGUGAGAAAGGAAAAUACCCACAGAAUGAGUAUGAACGUUUCGUUUACUAUUAAAUCAUAAAUCAUAAGAUAGUGAGUGUGGAUGAUGCUCCCAAUGUUGCCAAGGGCGACGUCCAAAUGUUUUUUUGUAUUAUAAAAAUGAAAAAUGUAGAUAGUCGCACAACGUAACGUGUAUAAUGUACAUUACUAUUGUAUGUUACGAAGAGUUAUAUAAAUAUUAUAAAUAAAAUAUAUAUAGAAUAUAAAUAUAUAAAUAAAUGGAACCUUAAAGCAAACUGAUAACUAUAUUAGGCGUAAUGAAUAGAUGAGUGGAGGAAGUUUGGUGAAUUCUGGGGUUACUCAGCCACUAAAAUCAUAAAAUUGAUAAUCAAAUUGACUAUUUAACAAUCAAAAGAAUCUGAGGCUGAGUUUGGCCUGCGGAAUUCCCGGAGUUGCUCCAUAAAUUGUAAAUAUAAUGACUAUCGACUAUAAUUAAACAGAGGCCAUUGUCAUUAUUAUUGUCACAUCGAAUGGAUUGUCCACUGAACUCACCCACCUGUUCUUCUAUUAGUUCAUCAAUAUUUUUUUGUUAACUCAAUGCAACAAAUGGAGAUAUCUGAAAUGCCACACAGGAGAUGAUGUACAUGUUUUAAAAAUAAACCCACGUAUUUCUACGAAUAUUUUAUCGUGCCUUAUUAAUUCAUUUCAUUAAAUAUCCCAUCA